AUGGACAUGGACCACAUGCACCAUGAUCCCGGCUUACGGAUGGAAGUCAACUAUGCCUUUGCUCGUGCAUAUUGGUAUAUCAUUGCUGGUGUCGUGGGCGCACUUGUCGUCAUCCGCGGCAUCAACCAUCUAGAAGCUCAGCAAAGAUUAAAAGCAUGUCGCGAUCCGGCAACAGACCAUCCAACCCGACCAAGAGGAUUUCCAAGCCAAGCAUGGGCGACAGCAACAGCCAUCUUUCGAGAAAUGGGCCACCCACAAUACUACAUCACCACCAAAGGUCUCCGAUGGGCUACACCACUCCCUCUCGGCCGAAUCAUUAUUCUAGCAUGCUACUGGGUCGUUGUCGUUUACAUGAUGAGCUGGCAAGUAGCAAAGAACGACGUGUACUACUGGGAACGUAUCGGUUAUCGCAACGCAUGGGUCACUCUGAUACAGUUCCCCCUGGUCUACCUAUUAUCGACAAAAGUCAAUGUUAUCGGAUUCCUCGCAGGUACCAGCCACGAAAGACUCAACUGGUUACAUCGAUGGGUUGCGCGCACAAUGUUUGUCACCGCAACGGUUCAUGGAUUCCAUUUCUGGACCAUGUGGGUACGUGCUGAAUUCCUCGAAUAUGCCCUCGAGAUUAUGCCUCUGGUCAAGUAUGGACUGGCAGCAUGGGCAAUCCUGCUCUGGAACGUUGUAACCGGUAUCGUGCCUAUUCGCAGGCUUUCAUAUGAGGUGUGGGUGGCUCAGCAUGUUGUCACCAGUAUUGUUAUGCUGUGGCUGCUCCAUAAGCAUAUUCCUGCGAAUGCCCGUUGGCUUCUAUGGAUGAGCAUCUCGUUUCUUGUUUUCGAUCGCGCCAUGAGAUGGAUUCUUCUCUUAUGGCAGAAUGUUCGACUACGGCCCCAAGGAACAGCAUGCCAGGGAAUGAAGCAUCUCGGACAUCGUGUGGCUGCUCGGGUCGUUGGACCAGCGACAACUGUAAUCACCAUCAAGGACGUGCACUUCAAAUGGAAGGCUGGACAGCACAUUUAUCUCUGGCUUCCACGUCUUGGUCUGUUCGAAGCGCACCCGUAUACAAUCGCUUGUGCGCACAAACUCGGGGGAACAUGUUGCUGCAACAGUAUACAGCUUGUCGUACGCGCCCACGCUGGAUUCUCCAAGCGUAUCCACGAGUAUGCGACAAAGAACGCAGCUUCUGAGCUUACAGGCUUCGUGUCAGGACCGUAUGGUGUUCCCCCACAGUGGGACAUUUACGAGACGCUGGUACUGAUCGGAGCGUCGACUGGAGCGAGUUUUGUCGUUCCCAUCCUCGAGAGUAUCGCGGCCGCGCAAAAAGCGAACUGCACACGAAGAGUCGAAGUCAUUCUUACAGCAAGAACAGCGCAGGAAAUAAAAUAUUACGUCGAAAGAGCCGAAGAAGCUGGUCGAAUGGUACGCGCAAAAGGCAUCGCGGUCAGCAUCCACAUCGCAGUUACAGGGUCCAACAACAAAACUCAAGGCCCAAUUUUCGUUUCUCAGCCUGAAUCAGAAUCGUCAAGAUCGAGCGACUCUGACGACAUUCAACCCGUCAAGGGAUGCUGUUGCGGUAGUGGCACAGACGAGAAGGGAUGUCCGAGCGAUUCACCGUGUCGCGUGGAAAAGUCCAUCUCUGUGCCAGAGCUUGUUCGGGAAUACACGUGCCGCCCAGAUAUCGAGGCCAUGAUUCGAGAACCAGUAGAGCAAGCUUGGGGGGAGACAGGGGUUGUUGUUUGUGGUGGUCGUGAGAUUGUGGCGCGGACGAGGAAUUGUGUUGGCCGCUACCUCUUUUUUUGUUUGCCUCAUCCCUCUCAUCGACAACUCUCCAAUUUGUUUUCAUCUCUUGUUUCUUGUUUCUCAUGCUUCAUCUCUGAGAUUUUGUCUCUCCACCAUGCCUUCGAGGCGGCGGUACCAUUACCAGGCGCGGCCUUCAAGGCCUUAUGCCCUGGCUCAAGCAGGAGUGAGGUUAGUCGCUUGGAUCACCAGCCUCGCCGCUAUGCUCCUUCUUGCAUACGUCUGCAAAGAAUGGUCAUCCAAAAGUCAAGUCAUUAUCGCGGGUGCUGUGGGCUCCCCAGAUUAGUCACCUCAAGAAAGGUUCUCCAUGACUUAUUCGCGCUGGCGCUCUGCGUGGGCGGCAUCAUAAUGAUGUGGGUAUCCAACAUCAACAUCUCCUCCGACAAGAAGCCCGGUCAGAGGAGGCAAGAACUGUGGCUUAUGGCUGCACUCUGGGCAUUAAUCGCGGUGGUGUAG